AUGGCAGAGCCACAAGAGAGAGUAAACCUUAAGGUCGGAGGCAGAGGUACGGCGGCCGAGGAGCCUAUAUACCCCGUGCCAAGCUUAGGGUACUCUGGGCACAAUACUCAUGCCUGCGUAGUUGGGUGCGCCCCUGAUCAAUUGAAUGUUUUGCGGUCGGAAAAGUGCUACAAUAGACGGUGGCAGCACAGCGAUUGUCUAAAUAUUCCCACUCAUCGUCUGAUUCUUUGCCGGAAGAAAUGCCCCAAUGGGGUCAUUGGUCCACGUCGAUGCUCUUUACCAAUCAAAGAACACAAUGACCAAAUACAUUCAAGGAUGCUCCCCUCUUUUGAUUUGCUCAAUAGGUUCAUUCAAAGCACGACUCUCAAGGUAUGGUACAAAGAAGUGAGGGUACCGGCGAGGCUUAUUAACAGGCCACAAUUCAAGGUAGCCAUCUACAAGCCUGCAAAGCUAUGCGCCAUGGAUGACUUCUGUGUCAAAUUAGCUAGACUUAGGAAGGCGAAUGGAUUACCAGCUAGCCUUAAUCUGAACACACAUUUAAAACUUCACGCAACAAUAGAAUGA